AUGGCCCAACUAUCUUUUCAGGCAUCGAAUGCUAUUAUUUACCUCACUUAUGGUGCCAUGUUGUUCUCUGGUAUUGCUGUUGCUUGGUAUCAGCUUACAAGAACUUCGAAGGGUAAAAACUUUCUCUCUUCAAACGGUACAAGUACAGGUAUCCCACUUGCGCUCAAUUUUAUUGCUUCAGCUAUGGGAUGUGGUAUUUUAACAAGUUAUACCGAAAUUGCCAAUAUUGCUGGUAUUCAAGGUUUAUUGGUCUACGUUUUGGCAGGUGGUGUUCCAAUAGCCAUGUUUGGGUUGUUUGGUCCUAUUAUUAGAAGAAGAUGCCCAGAUGGGUUUGUUCUAACUGAGUGGUGCCGUCAACGUUUUGGCCCAAUUAUGGGCUAUGGUUUAUCUGCUGCUACUGUUCUUACUAUUUUCCUUUUCAUGGUUGGUGAAUUAACGGCUAUCAACGGCGCAAUUGAAACAAUGACGGGUAUCUCUGCUAUUCCAUGUGUUGUUGUUGAAUGUGUUGUGACUACAAUUUAUACUUCAAUGGGUGGAUUUGCAGUUUCUUUUACCACCGAUACGUUACAAGCUUGUUUUGUUUUGCUUGUCUUGAUUAUAAGUUGUAUUGGUUAUGGUACACAAGUUCAUAUUGAUCCUGCUCUUAAACACGAAACAUAUCAUCAGCUGAUGGGUUCUACUCGGAUUGGCUGGAUGAACUUUUACAUCUUAAACGUUGCUAUUCUCACUAACGAUGCUCUUAUGUCAGGUUUCUGGUUACGUACUUUUGCUGCAAGAACCAGUAAAGACCUUUAUAUUGCUACUGGUAUUGCGUCUGUCGUUACUACUAUUAUUUGUUGCUUAGUUGGUAUUCCGGGAAUUCUUACUGUUUGGACCGGUGAUUGCACAAUCGGUGACCCAAAUGGUGCCUAUUCCUUUUACAUUCUUAUUGCAAAAAUGGACAAAUGGAUUAUCGGUAUUGUGUUGAUUUUCUGUGUUGUGAUUUCGACAUGUACUUUUGACUCACUACAAUCUGCCGUAACUUCAACUAUUUCUAAUGAUGUUUUCAGAAACAAAUUUCCUAUCAUUUAUUCUAGGGCCCUUGUCAUUGUGUUGAUGAUUCCAGCUUUAAUGGUUGCCAUCUUUUGCUCAGCGAACGUGUUGCAGAUUUACUAUAUUGCAGAUUUAUUAUCAUGUUCUAUCAUUCCAAUCAUGUUUUUGGGCCUGUCUAAGCAUUUCUAUUUUCUGCGUGGAUUAGAUGUCAUUGUUGGGUGUUUAGGUUCUUUAUUGGCUGUUUUCAUAUUUGGUACCAUCUACUAUGGCAGUGCAAAGCAGGGUGGUUUGUUAUUAUUGAUUUGGAAUGGUACAUAUGAUCCAAAUGACUGGGGUGCUUUUGGUGCGUUUGUCAUAACUACCUUUGGCUGCGUUGUAUUUGGCCAUUUAUGUGCAGCUGUGCGUAUUGGUAUUACUUACCUUUACUGCAAAUACACAGGUAGCGAGUUCCGUGCUUUAGACAAGCCCAAUAAUAUUGCAUUCGGUAUCGGUUUGGAUAAUAAGGACGAUACUGUUGUCACUGAAUUCCAUGAAGUUCCAGAAACAGAGUCAGAUGAGGUAUCCUCUAUUCAUAAAUCGGUUGAUGUUGAAACAACAUAUGAUGUUCAUCACCUCAUUUCUAGUCCAAGGGCAGCAACAAGAGCCCAUAUUCAAUUAGUCCAUGAUGUCAUUAGUGAAAUUGAAUGGAAAGAAUUAUUACACUUACUUGUUUAG